AUAGGUCUGCAUGCUGUUGUUCUUCUGGGGUGUGGAAGGGAUUUUGGCCAAAAGAGGACAUUCAUGUCAAUGAUGACUGUCUCUCUGCCUCAUAUAGGUCAUAGGACUGCAUUACAAGAGGUGAACCCACAGUGUUCCAGGAUGCACUGUUGUUUCUGAUUCAUCUGUCAUCCUGAUCUGAGGAAAACAGUCUGUAGCUCUUUUAGCAACUUGUUUUCAAAUAAAUAAGCCAUUGUUUUAUAUGUUUCUAUGCUGAUAGAUAAUAUUACACUUUACAUGUUCUAUAAAGUUCAGCCUUGAAGAUGUUGAAGAUUUUGUGAGUUGGCAAAUGCAAACUUGGUAAAUAAACAUUGGUUAAAAAACAUAUGGGCAGUUCUGACUGUGAGAGCCACUGAGUAGCAUGUGUGUAAUUUGGUUAUUUUGGUUUAGUGUUAAUGCAUGGCCUCAUUGUGGUUUCAUUCAUUGUACGAUUAGUUUUAUAUAGUGCUAAGAUGCUUGUUCUCCAUGUUAUCGGUAAGGCGUAGUGCUUACCUCCAAGCAGCAGGCAGCGCUAUGGUAAGUGGAGGAAAGCAUGCGCAAGUAAUAAGAAGCGAAAAAGCGGCGCUGGCUAGGGUGGUUCGAAAUAAGUUUUUGAUCGUACUCAGAUGAACAGAAUUUUUUUUAUUAAAGUCUUGGAACAAGCAGCCCCUGAUAACGGAAGGCUUUGUCAGGAUAUCAGGCAUCAUUCGGUAUUGGACCGAGUUGUGUUAAAAUCAAUAAACGAUCUUUUGACCAUAAAGGCAGUGCGUGGACCUUCUUAUCAGGUGGAUCUGCAUAAAUAGGAUCAAGAAGAAUGAACGGCGCGUCAGAACCCGACACCUAGCGAGCUAAGUGGCCUUCAGAGUUGUGGAUGUGGUGAACUACAUUACACUACACUAUAUUCAAGUCAAAAACUUCAAACAUAAGAUCGAGAAAGUUGGAUGUGCGUGCCGACGGUCUGAGCUAAUUCCUGAGCUUGUUUGACGUCAAGCAUGUGAUCGUGUGGAAACCGCGAUCGAACCAUUCAAAUUGGAUCAUUAAGGUUGGAUUUUGCUUCGUGCUUUCCACCCGGAAUAUAAGGUUUGGACUUCCCUUCUGGUAUUAGAAUUUUGUCGUUCGUUGUGGCGUUAUAACCGUGAUGGAGGAUAACAUCGAUGGGGACGCAGUUAUGAAUGAUGUCCACAAGAGGACAGUCAAGUACACGGAAAAGUCUGUGGAAGCCAGGCUGAGUCAUUAUAUUAACCAGCGGCGAGGUAAAUUAAAGCAAUUAACUGCUAAAUCAAACGAAGUUGAGCAGCUAAUGGAGACUUAGAGGAAAUAAAGUCAAAGAUGAAGACAUUUAAGACACUGUUAAAGGAUUUCAAAGAAAGCAAUGAAAAUGUUCUACUCUAUCUCCAUGAAGAUGAAAGGAGAGAUGAUCAAGAAUAUUAUUCCUAAUUCCAAAAAGGGACAAGUAUCAGUACUUUAUGCAAACAGCUGAUGAGUAGAUCGAACAUGCAGAGUCGAAAAGGGAAAGUAUGAAUGCAUGUGAUGAAGAAGUGACUCCCAUGGACAGUGUAUCUGCGGUGACUAGACUACCGUCUAGUCACUAGAGUAGAAAAUUCAGCAGCAAGGGAUCUAGCGCAUCUUCUGCAUCUUCAGCAUCUUCAGCACGCUUGAGAGCAGAAGCUAAACGUGCAGAACUGGAAGCCAAAGCAGCCGCGCUUACACAGAGAACAGCUUUAGUCGUAAAGGAAGCACAGCUACAAGCAGAGAAGGAGGAGUUGGAAAUCAAAACAGCUUUGGCAGUUACCAAUGCUAUGAUAAAGGUGUAUGAAGAUUAUGACACUCACGAUAAGGACACAAGAGAAUAUGCAAAGGCUGCAAAUGUGACAUACCCUUGUGAACCUGAAAGGAUCCAGUAGAAGAAAAGACAGAAGGUAAACUUUCGCUGAAACCUACAACAGAGAUGGAAAAGAUGCAUACAGCUGCGUCAGUAAGACCAAAAGUUGAGAGGUCAAUGGACUCGAGCGUAGCAGAUGGGGGGCGCCUGCAAUUGCAAAGUAGCACCACAAAUGACAUCUACGGAGUUAUGAAGCAGCAGACAGACAUCACGGAAAUGCUGGUAAGACACCAUCAGGUUGCUCAGCUGCCGCAGCUUGAUGUUCCUGUUUUUUGUGGCGAUCCACUGGACUUCAGAUCGUUUCUUAAGGCAUUUGACCAUGCAGUGGGAUUGAGAACUAACAGCAGCGUGGAUAAGCUGUAUUUCUUGGACAGUACACAAGAGGUGAGCCUCAGGAUCUUGUGAAAGGAUGUCAGCAUAUGUCUCCAGACCGUGGCUACCAUGCCGCUAUGCGUUUGUUUGAAGACCGCUAUGGCAAUGCAUUGAAAAUCGCAGCAGCGUUGAUGGAAAGGUUGUUUAAAUGGCCACAAAUAAAACCAGAGGAUGCUUCUGCACUCAACAGUUUUUCACUGUUCCUCUUAAGUUGUCGUAACGCACUGGAAGAUGUGGAUUAUAUGAAAGAGUUAGAUAACCCAACCAACAUUAGAGCCAUCAUCUCGAAGUUGCCCUACAGUACAAGAUCAGGGAAAAGUGGAGAGCAGUGGCUUUUGAGAUACAGGAACGAAAUCGUAAGACACUGGAAAUUGAAAGGAAAGAAAGGAGGAUGCACGUAGGUGACAAAGCAGCAAGGAGGGAAAAAAUAAAGGGAAGCAGCUUCGCAGCAAAUGUUGUGCCAAAAGAGGAAGAAAAUAAGAAAUCAAAAGAAAGGGCAGAUAGAAUACAAAGCAACGUUGCCCAGGUUCAACCAUGCCUGUUCUGCAAAGGAAAUCAUGCACUAGUGGAGUGUCAUGUUGCAGAAUGCUCCCAUAAAGAUAAGCUGGACUUCAUUCGCAAGUCUGGUCUUUGCUUUGGAUGCCUAAGGAGGGGGCAUAUGAGUAAGGACUGCAAAAGGAGAAUGACAUGUCAAGUAUGCUUAGAAAAGCACCCAAGCAUGUUACAUAAUGCAAGAUUUUUCGGACAAGCAAGUGUAAAAGGCCUGGAUGAAGUCAACUCAGAGCAAUCAGUUGUCUCAAGUGCACUCGUUAAUUUGGAUAAGAAAGAAACUACUGGUAAUGGGGCUGGAGGCCAAUGUGUCCUUGCCGUUCCGCCAGUUUACGUGAAAGCAAGGAGUGGCACCAAAGUCUGGAAACCUAUGCUUUUGUGGAUCCUGGCAGUUCUGCAACUUUCUGUACAGAGGCUUUAGCAAGCAAGCUAAAUCCUCAGGGAAAAGGAACCAAACUUUUAUUGACUACCAUAUGUUCAACCAAACAGAUGGGAAGUUCCCUCAUUAGAGACCUACAAGUUUGUGGCCUAAAGGAAGACAACUUUAUCGACUUGCCAAAGGUUUUCACACAAAGGAGCAUCCCGGUGGCAAAGGAGAACAUUCCUCUUUAAAGAGACAUCAAAAAAUGGCCGUAUCUCCAAGAGGUGAAGAUUUCACAAAUAGAUGCAGAGAUAGGUCUCCUUAUUGGUAGUGAUGUGCAUGAUGCAUUUGAGCCGUGGAAAGUUAUUCAUAGCCAGUGUAAUGGUCCAUAUGCUGUGAAGACAAAGCUUGGAUGAACUGUAAAUGGACCACUUAGAGAAUGCAGUGAGCAGCAACAUGAGGUUUCUGUGAACCGUAUUUCAGUGGAAACAGUGGAAAAACUGCUCAUGCAGCAGUACAGAGCCGACUUCCCUGAACAUCACUGCAAUGACAAGUUAGAAAUGUCACAAGAAGACAAGCGUUUCAUCAGCUUGGUAUCUAAUUCUGUUCGGCAUGAAAAUGGGCACUAUUACAUUAACCUUCUAACAAAAGGACAACUGAUCAAUAUGCCUAACAACAAAGAUGUUGCAAAACAGCAUGCAAUAACUCUCAAGAAAAGACUCAGCAAAGAUUCGGGUUUCCAGCAAGAAUAUAAAGACUGUAUCGAUGAGCUGUUAAGCCAGGGAUAUGCCAUCAAAGUACCACAGGAGCAGUUGGAUCGGCAGGAUGGCAGAGUGUGGUAUAUCCCACACCAUGGAGUAUACCAUCCACAAAAGAAAAAACUCUGAGUGGUGUUUGACUGUGCAGCCAGGUACCAAGGAACAUUGCUGAAUCAAGAGCUGAUUCAAGGCCCAGAUCUUAAGAACACUCUCGUUGGAGUAUUAAAAAGGUUCAGACAGGAUUACGUUGCAAUAAUGGCAGACGUGAAAGCUAUGUAUCACUGUUAUGGGAAAAAUUGUCUCUUCCUUAUUUCUAUGUCUCUUCCUUAUUUCUAUGCAGUUAUUAUACGGUUUAUGACUUAUGUUCUGCAAUUAAUAUCUUAUGUUUUGUCUUACUAUAUGCAUUUGACAUUUCACCUAGAUUGUUCAAUGGUUGUCUCUGCCUGAUAGACUCUCCACUCUAGCUCCCAAACCCAAGGUCGGGGAGUUGUGUCUCUGUCUGUUGAGACUUGGUGCUCCUUUCUCACACACACUGCGACAGGGAGGAGAUGGUGCAUGUAAUUUGAUUGGGUUAGAAAGACAUUCCACCCUAGUCGGACAGAGAAGCUAAAAGGCAGAAGCAAUUUGAGGAUCGUGGGCUCUUUGCAUCACACCUUCGUGGUGUGUGCACUGAUCUCCCCAGCUGGUUUUUGGUUUGUUGAUGUGCACAAUCAACAUCCAUGCUUUUUAUUUGCUUUCCCCAUUAUUUUUAUUUUCUUUAUUAUUUCAAUAAAUUGCACAAAAGGACAACGUCACGAACAGGAUCCGCUGCAGGUCGUCUGGACAGUGUGACCAGGGACGAUAGUCCUGAGGACUAGGUUCGCUCAGCCUCCAAACCUCUACAGCAGUUCUGAGUGGGAGGACUGCUCACCCGUCUGGAUUGCCUCUGACGAGAUCCAAUGAGCACAAAAUUCAACCUCUACUUGGCCCGGUGAGAUAUUUCUAAAACGACUAUGUGGCUGAAAACAUCUAAAAUAUAAUAAUUAGGACCAAACAUUUUUUUUUAUUUUAAAUUUAAUAUUUAAUUCGGGUAGAAAAAUCAAUUAGGUCAAAGUCUGCCCUGGUGGCCGAGACGGUGGUUGCUAAGGGUUGGCUCGUGGAACCAAGCUUGUUUUUGUCUGUACUGAGGAUACAGACCAGUGUGCAGAUCUGAGCGCAGUCCAAAGGGAGUGGACAAGAAAUAAAAGACGGCUUCUGAAAUACGGAGCGCGUUUGCAGGGGGAAGUGGUUUUGAGAUACGAGGGACCCGGGUCUUAGAGGGGCCUGACGGUGAGGGAGCACUUCCGAGAACUCUGUCACUGAUCUGAGCGGUUCCCUUUCUACGGAGACGUCCGUGGAAGAGAAAUUUCGAAAAAGAGCCGUUUUGUGGCUAAAUUGAAUUACAACAUUUUUGUAUAACCAUGGAGACAAGAUUUGAAGCUUUGUGACUGGCUGCUUCAAAACUUUAUAAAAAAAAGGCAUUGCAAUCUUUGUUGGUGAUGAUGAACUAUUGCAUCAUCACUUAUUUUCAUCAUUACUAUUACAGCAGAGCAUGAAACACAUGUAGCAAAUGUAUGAACCUGUUCUCAUUGGAUUGACACAUUUUCCCCUCCCUUUUGCAAAACAGUUAACACUGAUGUCAUUCAAAUAGUCCAAAUUCCAUUGUUUUAGCUUUGGUGACCAACGAGAAACCAUCUGUUCCUAACUAUUAGGACCCAGUAAGACCAGUAUGAACUCUGUGGUGGAAAUUAUGUAAUAAAGGCAGAUGAGUGAGGUGUCCUCUUGUGCGAUUUAUUGAAAUAAUAAAGAAAAUAAAAAUAAUGAGGAAAGCUAAUCAAAAAGCCAGCUGGGGAGAUGAGAACAUACAUCGCAGAGGUAUAAUGCUGAGAUCACCCCGAUCUCAGGUUGUCUCUGCCUUUAAACCCUUUUCCUUGGCCCUGGUAGAAGCUCUCUUUCUUGAUCAAUCAAAUUGCUUGCGUCUCCUUAUCUCACUGUGAGUGAGAAUGUUUAUAUUCUCACUCACGCGUCUUGUUAUCAGGAAGGAAGGAACACCAAGCUUCAAAGACAAGAUGCACUAGGCUUUACGGCCUUGGGUCUGGUGAGGAAUCAGAUAGAAGGGAGCCAGAGGCCGGGGUGUAAAGGACAGACACACAUCAUAAACAAUAAGUCAGUCAGACAGAGCAUCAGAUGUCAGCACUUGAUGUACAACAGGGCAAUUGAGAGUGAGAGAGAUUGUUUUUAAUAGACAAACGUUUGUUUGCCUAAUCAGUUACAGAGCACAUGAUUACUAUGCAGAAUGAGAAAAGAACAAAAGAAGCACAAAGUUACAAUUUUUUCCAUUACAACUCAUGAUAGCACCUGUUUGACACUCCUUCACAAAAGUCUUCAAUUUUUGAUUGUAAAUCAAAUAACUUUUUCUUCUGGAUCAAAUUAGUGCUUAAAAGUUACAUUUGACAUAACCUAUGAAGACAACAAAUAGCAACAGGCUCUAGUGACAGUCAGUGAUGCACUGAUUCACACUGAAAUCAGUGUUUUGUUAUGUUAUGACUGAUAUAAUUGGUUGCAAGUUGUUCUGUUAGAAAUUAGUUUUUGCUGCAUAUUUCAAGUGUUUUAAUAUGAUUAGGGCAUUUAGCAAACAAAGCAUGUCAUUUUGGCAUUGGAGCAGCUGUUUAAACCUGUGUGUGAACUGUUAAGAAAAUGUGUUGUUUCAUUGGAUGGCUGUGUCAAAGCGACGAUAAAAACUGCAACAUUAUUAAAGUUUUUAUUGAUCCAUAUAAUAAAUUAUAUCAUUGAUCUAAAUUUUCAUUUUAUGGCACAGGGUGGUUUAUUUAGCACAAAGUCACAGUUUUGUUUUCUGAGUCAGGAUGUUGUUUUCCAUUUUCUCAUUUGGCUCCAUACAGUCUGUCCAGGCACCUAAGACAAUUACAACCAGUCAGUAAAUGUCUAUAUAGCCUUUUCAAUACAUACUAAUAUUACCGUCAAUGUUUUCUUUUCUUUUAACAGUCCUGGAAAGGUUUAUUAUUAGUUAAUAUUAGACGAGGUCUAAUAAUAUGGUGUUUACAGUGAAUCUUAUAAUUUCUGCUACACUGCGUCCUGUGCGUGUGUCAAACAUGGUUGUGUGGCUCUGACAGACGGUCGUAAUGACGUACAGUAAUCCACCUUGACGCACUAUCAUACAGUAUCUGUACCUCGUAAAACCACAAUGAAGCGCUUAACGGGUAGAUGUUGGACGCGUGGAGCUGCCUCUUCGAUUGAAACCACGUUCAUCCUGGUUCGCGUUUACAUCCAACCCAGAGAGACGUCGUAAAAGUAUCAGAACGAGGGACGGAGCACAGAUACACCGCGCGACCGCUUGGAUUGAACCGGGACAACGAUGGGAGCUGUUCUGGGGGCCUUCUCCCUCGCAGGAUGGGUGCCGUGUCUGUGCAGUGGCGCAACAUGUGUUAUGUGCAGCUCUUGCCCUCGCAGCAGAAGCUCCAUUGUGACCAGGAUCAUCUACGCCUUCAUCCUACUGCUGUGGACCAUUGUUGCAUGUAUAAUGCUGUCACCAGGUGUGGAUGAGCAGCUCAAACGGAUUCCAGGCUUCUGUGAAGAUGGGGCAGACUCUUCCUUCCCCAACCUCCAGGCUGAUGCCAACUGUAACAUGUUUGUGGGCUACAAAGCCGUCUAUCGUGUCUGCUUUGGCAUGAGUAUGUGGUUUCUGGUCUUCUUCCUACUGAUGAUAAAUGUCAAGAACAGUAGAGAUCCCCGUGCUGCUGUGCAUAACGGGUUUUGGUUCUUUAAGAUUGCUGUCUUGGUGGCUCUCACAGUUGCUGCCUUCUACAUUCCAGAUGGGCCUUUUAACUCCACGUGGUUCUGGAUAGGUUCUACUGGAGCUUUUAGUUUCAUUCUGAUCCAGCUGGUUCUGCUGGUGGAUUUUGCCCACACCUGGAAUGAGUCCUGGGUGGACAAGAUGGAGAAUGGCAACUCCAGGGGCUGGUACGCAGCUUUGUUGGCAGUAACGGCCCUUAACUAUGUCCUGUCGCUGACUGCUGUCAUGCUGUUCUGCAUCUUCUACACCAAGCCUGAUGGAUGUUUCAUCAACAAGUUCUUCAUCAGCUUUAACCUGCUGCUCUGCAUUGUGGCAUCUGUCAUUUCUGUGCUUCCCAAAGUACAGGAAACCCAGCCACACUCAGGUCUUCUUCAGUCCUCAGUAAUCACCCUAUACACUAUGUUUCUGACCUGGUCUGCCAUGACCAAUGAGCCUGACCAACAAUGUAACCCCAGCUUGCUGAGUAUCUUCAAGCAGAUCACAGUGCCCACACUGGCUCCUCUAGAGUCUGAGAACGUGACGGCUGUGGUGAUUAUCGGCACAGAGGAGCCUGUCCUGACGUCCCCUUACCUGCAAUGGUGGGACGCUCAGACAUUUGUAGGCCUGGCCAUAUUCAUUCUGUGUAUCCUCUACUCAAGCAUUCGUUCAUCGAGCACCAGCCAAAUGAACAAGCUGACCAUGGCCACCAGAGACACAGUCAUCCUGGAAGAGGGCAGCAGCAGCCCGGACACAUCAAACGAGUCUACCGGACCUAGAGUACAGGACAACGAGCGGGACAUGGUGCAGUACAGCUACUCCUUCUUUCACCUCAUGCUCCUCCUGGCUUCACUCUACAUCAUGAUGACCCUCACCAACUGGUACAGUCCUGCUGCAGACUACACUAUAACCAGCAAAUGGCCGUCAGUGUGGGUGAAAAUCACGUCCAGCUGGGUGUGUCUGGUGCUGUACAUCUGGACCCUGGUGGCCCCCAUGAUCUUCACCAACCGUGACUUCAGCUAAGCUACAGCUCGGACUCCAUUUCAUCCGACACCAACGUCUUUUUAAAGGAAAACUUUACAGAUUUGCAAAGAGGGUUGACCAAAACAAUGUUGGGUAGUAUUUACAGUGCCUUGUGAAAGUACUCGUCCCCCUUGACUUGACACUUUAGGCCUCAAACAUAAAGAUAUAAAACUGUUGAUGAUAAAUGGAAUCCACCUGUGUGUAAUCAAGUCUCCGUAUAAAAGCACCUGCACUGUGAUAGUCUCAGAGGUCCGUUUAAAGUGCAGAGAGCACCAUGAAGAACAAGGAACAUACCAGGCAGAUCCGAGAGACUGUUGUGGAGAAUUUUAAAGCUGGAUUGGGAUACAAAAAGAUUUCCCAAGCUCUAAACAUUCCAAGGAGCACUGUGUAAGCGAUAAUAUUGAAAUGGAAGGAGUGUCAGACCACUGCAAAUCUACCAAGACCUGGCCGUCCUACUAAACUUUCAGCUCAUACAGUACACGGAGAAGACUGAUCAGAGAUUCACUCUGGAUGAACUGCAGAGAUCUACAGUUGAGGUGGGAGACUUUGUCCAAAGGACAACAAUCAGUUGUAUACUGCACAAAUCUGGCUUUAAUGGAAGAGUGGCAAGAAAGCUAUUGUGUCAUUUAAAGUUUGCCACAAGCCACAUGGGAGACACACCAAACAUGCGGAAAAAGGUGCUCUGGUCAGAUGUAACCAAAAUCGAACUUUUUGGCAACAAUGCAAAACGUUAUGUUUGGCGUAAAAGCAAUACAGCUCAUCACCCUGAACACACAGUCCCCACUGUCGAACAUGGUGGUGGCAGCAUCAUGGUUUGGGCCUGCUUUUUUUCAGCAGGGACAGGGAAGAUGGUUAAAAUUGAUGGGAAGAUGGAUGGAGCCAAAUACAUGACCAUUCUGGAAGAAAACUUGGAGUCUGCAAACGACCUGAGACUGGGAUGAAGAUUUGUCUUCCAACAAGACAAUGAUCCAAAACAACAUCGAAAAUCUGUGGAAAGAACUGAAUACUGCUGUUCACAAAGGCUCUCCAUCCAACCCCACAGAGCUUGAGCUGUUUUGCAAGGAGCAAUGGGCAAAAAUUUCAGUCCCUCGAAGUGCAAAACUGAUAGAGACAUACACCAAGCAACUUACAGCUGUAAUCGCAGCAAAAGGUGGCGCUACAAAGUAUUAACUUAAGGGGGAUGAAUAAUUUUGCUUGCCCAAUUUACCGUCUUUUAUUUGUUAAAAAAAGUUUAAAAUAACCAAUAAAUUUCGUUCCGCUUCAUGAUUGUGUCCCAAUUGUUGUUGAUUCUUCACAAAAAAUUACAGUUUUAUAUCUUUAUCUUUGAAGCCUGAAAUGUGGUUCAAGGAGGCCGAAUACUUUCACACGCACUGUAAGGAUGAAGGGAAACUCAGAUUCCUUAUAAUUUAUAUGCAGAGAAGUUAUCAGUCAUUCCUCCUCCAACACAGACUGGUGGAUUAUUUAUAUACAUAUAUGGGCUCACAGACUACAUCUAGUGCUUCCUGGUUUCCUCUGUAUCUGCCCCAGCAAAGGUCGGGCUGCGGGGGGGCGGGGCCAUGAUGAGAGGGCGGCGGAGCCAGCAAAACUGCUUAGUAGAGAUGGGAAGUUCGAUUCUUAUAACUGACUCGGAUCUUUGACUCUGAAUGGUGAAUGGUAAAGUGAAUGAAUCAUUUUGACUCAUUCGUUUAUUUCGUUCACUUAUAGCAGGCAGCGCUGUAGCCGUUGUAAAGAUGGCUGCUGUUCUCAAACACUAUAAACUGAAGACAACAUGGUUUGCUUCAGCAGACAAAUUAUAUUCACAAAAUGCCACAAGCAAUUCAAACCAUGUGAAAACCUAGCAAAUACACAUUAUGUCCUGCAUCAUUUCUGCCAUUGUUGUUAAACAGCGCUACAGCAGCUUGGUAGGGGUCACAUGACAAAUGAACGAAUGAAUGAUCACUUUCUGUCUCUUCGCGUGCACAGAGAUAUCUGGGGUCGUGCGGUGUAUGGGACACAGAUACUGUCACCUAUAGCUUGGCAUUAGCAUAGGGAUUAGCUGCAGUUAGCCACGUUAGCUUAUCUUAGCUCACGCUCGCAGGGCCAUUACAUUUGUGCCAGAAGUGGGAUCUUGGUGACGUUGUUGCUACACCAUGGAGCGAGAAAUCGCUAACAUCGAGAGACAGAUUUGUCACCUUAAGAUGGAGAAGAGCCAGGACAAGUAAAGUAAGCAGGAAGCAAGGGCGAACCAUCAACCUGUCCACGCCGCCCGCACCCUGCUUUAGCAAGCUUGGCCAGUACACCACUGACUACCAAGAGCGAGGCAACUGAAGAGCAACUAGUGAUGACAGCUCGCACCCCAUGGCUUGACACCACUCGACCCAUACCUAACACAGGUCAACCUGGCAGCCUGCUGCAGGGGGCAGAGCCUUGAAGAAACUGUUAGGCACCUAGCCCUGGCGCUGGAGGGUGCCGCCCUUCAGGUGCUGCUAGAUCUCUCCCCCUGGGAAUAGCGGAAACUGUCUACGAUGACAGCAGCAUUGGAGCGGCGCUUUGAAGAGUGGGUCUCAGCAGAGAGAAACCGGGAGCAUCUGGAAUAUCAGCGUCAUGGUGAUGGAGAGCUCUUGGGGACCUUCGCUGCUGAUGCCGAUAUUUGGAGGAUCUGCUACCCCACAAAGUGCAGUUUCAUGUUCAGAGAGACACAUUUUUGGGACGUGGUCAGCGGUGAAGGGGUGAGUACAGACCCAGAGAAAAUGGUAGCAGUAGCAGAGUUUUCUGGGCCUGGUCUCUUACUACCGCCGGUUCUAACCUGGCUGCUUAACUUUCAUCAGCCAGAGGGUCAAGUGGCCAGGUGUAUUGAGGUACUCCAGGAGUACAACUUCGCCAUCCAGCACCGACCGGGACCGCAGCACGCUAACGCUGACGCUCUCACCAGACGUCCAGACGUCCCUGUGAGAAAUGCCGAUACUACAGACAGUAGGAAGAGCCUAGUCAUAGGGCUGGCAGCAGCAGCAGCAGUAGCUGUGCCAUCUCCAGGCAAGCAGAAUGACAGAGUCGAACUAUUCUCAACAGAACAGCUGCGGCAGGCACAAGAGGCAGACCCAGCUUUGGCAGAUGCGCAGAGGUGGGUCGAGACCGAGGAGUGACCUGACUGGCCGGUCAUCUCCGCUAGUGAUUCUAAGCUUAUGAUGCACGGUCAAGACCGGCUGCAGCUCCUGGUGCCCCAUUCUCUUCGGUCAGAGGUGCUCCAGUCGCUCCAUAGAGCAGUUGGUUCUGGCCAAUUUGGUUAUGCAAAGACAAUGAGGUGGCUGAGGAAGCAGUUCUACUGGCCAGGCUGCUGACAGGAUGCGGAGCUGCACAUGCACUGUUGCGAUGCCUGCACUGCACACAAAGGACCCACACAGUAGUCCUGCACCCCCCUGCAACAGUACCUGGUGGGGGCGCUUAUGGAGAGUGUCGGUGUGGACAUACUGGGUCCUUUUCCCAUCACAGAAUCCGGUAACCGGUAUGUUGUGGUUGCCAUUGACUACUUCACUAAGUGGCCCGAGGCAUAUGCAGUGCCAGACCAGAGUGCCACUACAACGGCUAAUGUUUGUCUGGUUAGGGGUCCCCAGUGAGCUUCACAGUGAUCAGGGGAGGAACUUUGCGAGCCGCUUGUUCGCUAAAGUGUGCAAGACCCGAACUACACAUCCCCAGAGUGAUGGGCUGGUUGAGCAAUUCAAUUGGACGUAGGCCACGCAGCUUGCCACACUGACCAGUCAGCACCAGAGAGACUGGGACCAGCACCUGCCCCUUGUCUUGUGUGCAUACCGUACAGCAGUGCAGGAGUCCAGCCAGUGCACACCUGAACUAUUGAUGUUUGGCCGGGAGCUCCAGACACCUGUGGACUUGGUGUUCGGUGCUGCGUCCGACCUAGAUAUUAAAGGAGGGCCUGAGCUGGACUAUGUGAAAUGGCUGAAGGGCCGACUAGGCAAAGUGCAUCGUCUAGCAGUUGAAGCCUAAAGGGAAACAGGGGUCAAACAAAAGAGGGCUUAUGAUGCACAAGCCCAUAGACCUAUUUUUUCACUGGGGGAUAGAGUGUGGGUGUAUUGCCCAGUGAGGAAGCAAGGACUGUCACCCAAGUGUAUAAGCCACUGGCAUGGACCUGUAGAGAUUGUAGAGCAGAUAUCUGAGGUGGUGUACAGAGUUAGCAUGUCGGAUCGAGGUCGGAGGUUGGUGCUCCACAUAGACGGACUGGCACCUUGCUGUCCUCUGGCCCCUGCUGCACAGGCUGGAAGAGGCAGUUCCUCUUCCAACCCCGGCGACCACAGAGACAAUGGAGGACUUAGUAAUGAGCCUAGCACAAGGGGUGAGGCACCAGGAGGCCAACCUGGGCACGAAGGCUGCCACCGCGGGUCAAAGACUAUGUCAAGACUCAGUGACUGUAUUUGUUUGAUCACUGUUAGUCAGUAAUUGUGUUCUGACAUUGUUGCUGUAAGCAUUGAGGGGACACUUAACCCCUUUAGAUGGGGUAGUGUAGCGGCCAAGGGAAGAGGGGGGGUUAUUACCGCCCUGAGCUGCUAAGGAUUAUCUGUAAAGUAGUGUUUUUUGUGUUUAUUGUGCAAUAGUUAACGUUAGAAGUUAGGUAAUGGGUAAUGAUAUAAGUUUGGUUUAGUUGGUUAGGUCUUUCUGUUCAUGUGUGUUUAGGGGGUGUUCUUUGUUGUUUUGUGAGAGUUUGCAUGUGAGUGAACCUCGGGGCACAGCGGUGUGUUGGUGUGUGUCAAGAGAGCAGCCACAAAUAAGUCGAUCGCUUCCUGUCUUUUUCCGUGAGAUAUCUGGGGUCGUGUAGUGUAUACUCGGUUGAUACUCUCACCUAUAGCUUGGCAUAGGGAUUAGCUGCAGCUAGCCACGUUAGCUUAUCUUGGCUCUCGCUCCUUACCCGGGCUUGACACGGUUAGCAGGGCCGUUAUAAUAUAUAUGUGUGUUUGAAUAAAGAUUUACUUCAUGUUCAGCAGUUUUUUAUUUUGAAUCAAAGCAGACAGUAGUUAGAAAGCCACAAAUUGUUCAUUUAGCCAAAAUCCUCUUUUUUUAAUCUGCUGUUAGUUUGCUGGGAAAACAAGAUGGUUGUCCCAUCACAAGAGUCUCUGUGAUGAUACGCGACCGGCUGAUAUUACCUACAAAAGGAUGAAUGUGACUGCUGUCAGAGGCUGUUGAUACUGUUUUAAGAAUUGUGAUUGUUUGAGUUAAUAUUUUAGAUAGUGUGUGUUUGAGGUAAAGGAAAUUUGGAUAAAUGUGCAUGGUUAAGAACAGGUCCUCCCAGAACCUGUAUAAUAGUUAUUAAGAUGGAACCAAUCUUCAUCAGUCAAGGUGGCGUCCGGGUGCUGUUUUUUUUUUGCAUGAUCUGCUGCGUGAGCCAUUCUCGGGAAAGUUGUUUGAGGGAAAGAUGGUGUUGAGAGACGUUGCAGUGUGAUGAUUUUUGGAGGUUUGACGGCGGGAAGGUUCAUCCCAAGUGUUUACCUACUCCCUGUAGGUUAGUGCGGCCAUUGAGUUCUCACGGCAUGCUGAAACUGGUGAAAUAAAUGCCUGUGAAAAACCUUGUGUCGUGAUACCUGACAGGGAGCCAAAAUGAAAUUAAUUAUUUUAUUAGUAUUAGGAUUGCUGCUAGCCAAGCUAAUACACAGGUUAACGUUAGCAAUUUAAGCUAACGCUAUCGCCGACAGUCCACAACAUUAGAAGCAGCAGCUUGUAAUUGUGCUCAAACUUCACAGUGCAAGCUAAAUCAAUAAACAGUCGAACUUAUUACUUACUCCGUGCUCAUUCAACCAUUCUGUCCCGGCUGUUUUUUCUGGUUUGUCCUAGACCUUCUGAAGCUAGUUUCGACUGAUCCUUGCUUUUGCUGCAUGCUUGACAUGGAGAGAAAACUAAUAAUCCCUAACACACGUUCCCCCGUCAGUAGUAGAACUUUUUCCAAGAUUAAUCGGCAGCGAUGAAGCCGAUAUUGCCUACAAAAUGAAGUAGUAAUAUGGAAUUAGUUGCUGCCAGCCACUUAGAACUAAUACACAAGAUAACGUUACUCCUGAUAGUCUAAAACACACAAGCAGCAGCUCGUAACUUUACUUAAACUUCACAGCGCAACCUGAUAAUUUCUCAGCAUAUAAAUUAUGUAGCAAUCUGAGUGUCUCUUCAUUCUUUAAUAUUACCCGAUCAGUGAAAUCAGUGAAGUUUUCCUUUAAUAUAAACUCCUUAAAAUUGCAUUGCCUCUAUACUACUGUCAAUUUUAUACUUUGAACUGGAGUUUCAUUGUAUUGUUUUUGACUGGGUCUGGUCAAGAGAUGCCAUAACAGCUGUUUUUUCCAAAGAAACUUCAUUCAAAACAGUAGCAGCUUUAUAGCAUUGUCAGUCAUUGAAAAUCAAUUCAGUGUCAUGGCUUUUACGAUUUCAUAAAGAAAGUAAGUCAACAAAUACCACAACAAAUCUUUCUCAGAUUGAAUCAAGUACCUUUUGUUUGUUAUAAAUGUGCUCAGCCUUACAGCCACUUACCUUAUACAUUAUGGAUAUAUAUAAAUUCCGGAUGCCUUUCAAUGCCGUACUGUCUGUAUAAAUACUGAGUAACUGUGAACAGAUGGGUUUUGUUAAACCUGGUGAGAUUUUUACAAUAUGAAUGUUAAUCAACCUGCCAAAUAUUUAUUUAUAGACCAAAAUAUCUAGGUUUUGCAAAAAUGCAACAAUGAUGUUCAAGACUGUAAAAUGAAUGAUGAUGACUGUGUAUAUGAAUCUGCAUGUACAUAUCAGGCUGGCCUUGUUAGUCGAGCAGGUGAGGAUGGAUAAUAGACUUGCUUUUAAUAAGCAUGUAUUCAAUUUUAAUUUUGUAAUAAAAAUAAUCAAGGAAUUUAUUUAGCUGCUAUCGAUGUUUACUGUUAAAAAAACCUUGGUAACAACUUCCUAAAUAAAUAUCACAGGGCAAAUUUGUUAAGUACACUAUACUUAUUAGCAAAGUUUUCAUUCAAGUACUCUCGGAUCAUACUCACUCCACCUUAGUAAAUUUUGUUCUAAAUACAUUUGCAUCAAUACUUACUGUACUGUGAUGUACGUUUAUUUGUUAUAUUCCACUACGAAGGUGUAAUGCAAAGAGCCCACCAUCCUCAAGUUGCUUCUACCUUUUAACCGCUCUGUCCGACUACGGUGGAAUGUCUGUGUAGCCCAAUCAAACUGCAUGCACCAUCCCAUCACUGUCGCAGUGUGUUGUGUGGAUGUUUACAUUCUCACACCUGCAUUGCUGACGUCCAACUAUCAGAGAGAAAUGAGCACAAAGAGCUAGAGUCCAGAGUCUAUGAGGCAGAGACAACCAUUGAACAAUCUAGGUGAAAUGUCAAAUGCAUACAGUAAGACAAAACAUAAGAUAUUAAUUGCAGAACAUAAGUCACAAAUCAUAUAAUAACUGCAUAGAAUAAGGAAGAAACAAUUUUUCCCAUAACACUCCCCCCUUUUAAUUACACAUUAAUCAAACACUAAGAAUAAAAUUGUCAAACAUCGCAUUCUGUAAUAAUAAAAGACCCUUGCAAAUAAAACAAUGAGUGUAUUAACUCAUCAAGAUUAUAAAAUACACCUUCACAUAAAAUGCAGGUAACUUAGGGAUAAAAGGUUGGGAGCUGUUUUGGUGGGUAGUUACUGUAUACAAGAAUAAACUUUAUAAAAGCAUGUGAAGAAAAUAAGACAAUAUCAUAUUUGUAUCAGAUUAUAUUCCGUGAUUGGAUAACAAACAACAAAGAAAAGGGUAAGAGAUGAGAAAUAAGUCACAAUAAGUAACAACCUAUUGUAGUCUCAGCAUCAUCGUCGUCUUUAUCUGAGAAACUAAGAUCAUCGUCAAAGUCAUUAAGUGAAUUAGUGUCGAGGUUUCUGAACGUAGUGCAUUGUGUCAUUUGAUACAAGAGUGUUGCUGAGGUCACACGCAGGAUGAGACCUCUAACCAUUGGGAUAACGCAAAAACCAAAUAAGAGAAUCACAGCCAUCAUAAUGAUAAAGGAAACAGCUGUGGACAUGAGAACAGAUUUCCAUUUUCCAGACAUUUUGUCUAGACAAUUGUAAGGGGAAGAAUCUAUACCAGAGUUAGCUGAGACUCUGAAGGCUGUUAUUCAGGACAACAGGCCUCUCCGAACAUAACACAAACGCCUACUUUCCCUGCUAACAACAUGUUUACGGCUAUUCGAUUGUAAUAAAGACAAUUAAUGUAUGUUAGCCAUAAAUUUCCAGUGGGGUUCUCCGUCAUAUAAUCUUAAGAUAGUUUUCAUGUUUUUGGAUCUUUAAUUGUACACUUGGGUCUGGAGUGAAUAGGAGAAUCAGGAAUUACCAGAAUGAUGAUGCGUAUUGCUUAUAAACUCUAUCAUCUGUAGAUGAAGGAUAAAAGCUAAUUGUAGCAGUAAAUAAAGUAAUUGUGAGCAAAUCAACUACCAAAUCAACUUUAGGAUAUUUAAACUCUGUGUCAUUGUGAAAUGUUCUCAUUCAAAAGUACUGUGUAAUCAAGUAAUUAAGGUAAUAAUCAGAGUAACAUAAUGAAGUCUAACACAACAGGGUUACAAUUGAUGUCUCGUAAUGAUCUGCUUCGUCCUGUUAAACAAUAGCGUUAGAUUGUUUCCAACCUGUGUGUUGACGCAUUGACAGUUCGUUGUAGUCCUUCAGGUUGUGAUCAGCUGAUCACAGAGACACUUGGGAUUUGUUAUCACCGCCAGGUUUCCUCCCAAUGUCACCUGUGUCACUGUCACUCCCGUGAUGUGAAGAGUCUACACGUCGUCCAGCGUCUGCAACUCAAGGCUGCUUGUGUGUGUGUUUUCUCAGGAGUGUGUGUGUAGAUGUAUGGUCUGAUAGUGUGAUUCACCGGCAAGCUUCAGGCGGCGCUUGGUUCACAUCUUUAACUGAACGGUCAACGCAGCCUCAACUCAGUACGCGUGUGAGCACAGCGAGGGUCGUCCUUCUCAUGUCUCCACUUCUGGUUGUUUUCUGGGCGGUGUAGACGGAGGGUCGUUUGUCGGAUCCGGGAUCUUCCUGCAGUCUCUGCGACCUUCCCCUUCCUUACACCAUCCAACAACUAAUCCAACCAGGCCCCUUCCAAGAGGCCUGGUUGGAUUGGAGUGACCAAUCAACCUAAUGCAUGUUUUCGGACCGGAGAACCCAUCCUAAAUUGCUAAACUGUCUUAUCAGUCUUAUCAAUUAGCAGUCAUUAACCAGUCAGAGGUAUAAAAAUAACUAAUAAAGCUAACAAAUUGAAUUAGUGCUCUAAUUUUGAAAGGAUUUUCAGGAAGCUUGUGUGGGUAAUUGUUAAAUUGUCUCAUUGACUAGUCAUAAUAAACUAGUAAUUACUAUAUUGUAAAAUAGACUCAUUGCCGAUUAACAAUUAACCGUUCAAAGCAAAAAUAAUUUUAAUGAAGCUAAAACUUUUAGUGCCUUUAUUUUGGAGGAUGUUGAUAUGUGUGUGCUUUAUAGCUAAACUGUAAAAUUACUCACAAUUAACCAUUCAAAAGCAGAAAUUAUACUAUUAAACAACAACAAUUUGGAAUGGUGCUUUUAUUUUUAACAUAUUCAGAGGAAGUGUUAGAUUAAUUGCUGAAAACAAAAAACAGAAAAACCAGGCUCAUUCUGCUCUGUGAAAGCAGAGUUUCACCCCUGCUAAACAGACUUCUUGCAGCAAAACCAUAAUACCCAUUACAAAAAUAACUCAACCUUUUGAUUGCCAAGGCUUUAAUAAGCAACGACUGUAGUGUGAGUUUUAUGUUUAAAGAAAGUUUAAAGAAAAUUGUAGCCACAGUCGUGAUUUCAAAAUGUUUUACUUCUGCUUUUAUUCAGAAAAAGUAUCACAGCCAAAUGCAUUACACUCUAUGGGAGGAAUUCUGGAACUUAUAAAAGAUUUGCUAAAAUUAAAGAACUGCUGAAAAUCUAGGAAGUGUGUAAAGGUUUGCUUGGUUUGUUGAAAUAAAGCCAAAUGUAUCAAAAUGGCUAAAUAUUGUAAUUAAAUUGUUUUAAUUUCAAGAGCUGAAUGAGUAGGUCAACGUUUUGGAAAUAUUUAAUACAGCUGAAAUUUGCUGCAGAACAAGUAGUUGAGUUUAAAUUGAAAAACAUUGAAGCUUUGAGAGAAGUGUGUGCAGAUAACUGCUAAACACUUCAUUAACUAGUCAAAUGCAGAAAAGUGAUAUUUCAAUUCAAUUCAAUUUUAUUUAUAUAGCGCCAAAUCACAACAAAGUUAUCUCAAGGCAUUUUACAAAGUUUUUUAAGACCAUACACAACUAAACCCAACAGAUCCCACAUACAACAAGCCUUUAAUUUGACAGCAAAAGUGGAGAGGAAAAACUCCCUCUCUAACGAGGAAGAAACCUCCAGCAGAACCAAGAUGGAUGUGGGCGUCCAUCUGCCUCGACCGGUUGGGGUGAGGGGAUAGAGAGAGAGAAAAGCACAGCAACAACAACACGCAAAAACAGAGCACAGGCAGGAUGGUUGGAUCUGCAGCUGCCCAUCACAGACACUGUGCUACUAUUGCGCUAGCAGCUAUAAUGUGAGCUGAGUGAAUGACCUCAGUACCAUUUAUCACACGAUUCGAACCGGACAAAUGCUGGAGAGGCUUGGACUCAUCUAAAUUGCGUGUCAUCACGUGUUGCAACACUGUCUCUCUCUGUCGCUGUAGCUGUUAGAUUCAACGGUUCUAGCAAUUAGCAUUCCUUACACAGGAGGGAAGCUACAUUAUAAACAGAGAAACUUCUGGAGUACAUACAUCAAAUAAGAAUCAAGUAUGUACUUACGUUCGGGGAAGCAGCAAGUGGGCGCUUCUUCAACCUGAGUGACUUCUUUUGUUUUUUAAAUGCUGUUUCUGUGCUAUGAUGUUUUCUAAAUCCUGACUGAAAAUCGUCAUACAGGUUAUUCCCACUCAGGUGGCCAGAUAAUUGUUUAGCCACAAUUUUUUCAAGAAUCUUAGAAAUAAAGGGUACAUUUGAAAUGAGCCUAUAGUUGGCUAGUUCUCCAUGGUCCAGAGUAGGUUUUUUCAAUAAAGCUUUGACCACAGCCACCUUAAAAGCCUGUGGUGCAUAGCCUAAAUGUAAAGAUUGGUUGAUAUGAUUUAAUAUGGAUGAGCUGAUUAAAGGUAGAACGUCUUUGAGUAUUCUGGUUGGGAUUGGAUGUAAAGGACAAGUGGAUGACUUUGAAGAGUUGAUUAUUGAGGUUAUCUUCAUAUGAGUUAUGGAGAAGAAGCUCUCUAGGUAAGACAGAGGACUUAGUAACUUAAAAGUUAAUGGAUCUAGACAGUGCUUUCUGUCAUUUGGAGGAAGUCGCUGCUGAAUGUCGGCCUGCAUCAGCCCCUGCGUCACAGUCGGCAUCAGCUCCUGCAUCUUAGCCUGCAUCAGCUCCUGCGUCUUAGCCUGCAUCAGCUCCUGCGUCUCAGCCUGCAUCAGCUCCUGCAUCUCAGCCUGCAUCAGCUCCUGCGUCUUAGCCUGCAUCAGCUCCUGCGUCUCAGUCUGCAUCAGCUCCUGCGUCUUAGCCUGCAUCAGCUCCUGCGUCUCAGUCUGCAUCAGCUCCUGCGUCUCAGCCUGCAUCAGCUCCUGCAUCUCAGCCUGCAUCAGCUCCUGCGCCUCCAUUUGCAUCCACCACUGUCUUGACCUCAGUGCAGCCACGUCAUGCUCCUGCUCAACCACGUCACCCUCUAGCUCAGCCACGUCACGCUCAAGCUCCAGCUCAGCUACGUCAUGCUCAAGCUCCAGCUCAGCCACGUCAUGCUCAAGCUCCAGCCUCGACCCAGCCAGGUUGCACGACACGCUGAUCAAGACCAGCUCCAGCCCAGUUGGGCUCGAUUUCCGUCCCGUCGAGCUCGGCGGCCGCACGCAGCCUCAGUUCCUGUCAGCCCUGAAGUGGCCGUUCCUGCCUUAGCUUCUGUCGGCCUCCCGGGGGAGGUCGUUCCUGCCUCAGUUCCUGUCGGCCUCCAAGUGGAGGUCGUUCUGCCCAGCGUUGACCCUAAAGAGGAGGUUGUUCUGCCCAGUGUUGGCCCCAAGGAGAAGGUUGUUCUGCCCAGUGUUGGCCCCAAGAAGGAGGUCAUUCUACCCAGUGUUGACACCUGUUUCAUAUCAGUAAUCACUCACCAGCAUUUAAGCAGCAGUAGUCACCUAUACCAGUUGAAAGAUUGUUGCGUGUACUCACCACUAUCCAGUGUUACCUUACCUUGCUUACCUCCGAUCUCGAUCCUGUUCCUGACCACCGUUUAUUGAUUCCUGCCUGAUCCUCGCCUGUCCUGUCACCGUGUCUGCCUGGUAACAUUCCUGCUUGUUCUUUGACCUGAGCUUGCCUGCACCUAGUCUGUACCAACAUCGAGCCUUGCCGUGUGUGACCCCGCCUGAACUGACCUUGCCUGAACGAAAGAAUAAACCUGUUUUCCAAACCUUCUACCAAA